AUGGGUUCCAACCCCUUCACUUUGAGACCACGCUGGAGGCUAAAGGAGGACGUGAAAUUCAGCUUCUCUUACGGUAUGAGCGUUUAUUUGGUUUUUGCAAAGUGUUUCAGCCUCUGUCAUGACGUGGAUCAGUGUCCUCUACUCUACGCACACCGAGUGGAGAGAGACAGAACCAGGCGGAGAGAGGAGAAGACAGAGGCGAGAGCAUUGAGCUACAAGGGUGCGGUUCAAAGCUCUACUGGGAAUAUGGGAAGAAACAACCAAGAGGAGCGAAAGGUAGAUUACAAGGGGAAAGGCAAGAUGGUGGAUAGAGAUGAGGCCAGCCAUAAACAAUAUGAAAACCGGGGAAGGUCGAGGCCAGAGGUGCCGUAUGGAGAAGGCUCUUCCCACCAUCGAGGUGGCCCCACUUAUAGGCCAAAGAAGGAGAUGCAGAAGCGUUAUGAUGGAGCUGUGAGGGGCCCGAAGUGUUCUCUUGAGGAACAGGAUGUAGCUCAUGAGGCUAAAAUGAAGGCUGGAGAUAAGGCGAAGAGUCAAGAUGCUGGCCAAUCCCGUACCAUUUGCCCCACUGUUCACUCUGCUAAGAAGGUACGCCGGUCUCUUGCAUUUGAGGAGGAAGAAACUGAGUCAUCUACGAUGAUGAUUACGGAGACUGUGGAGGUACCUGUGGAGUUAGCUGCUCUUCCCUCUGUCCAUACGAACGAGGGAGGUGAGGGAAGUGAACGGGAGGUGGAUGGAUCCCAGGGUUUCUCAGAUACAGGGGAGGUCUCGCCUGGGGGUGCAGAGGACAUGACCCCAUCUGAUGAAGAACUCCUUCUUGAAGAUCUUCUGGUGGAGGAGGGAGAGCUGGGGGAAGAGGAGGAGGAGAACGGAGGGCAGAGGGAGGAUUCUCAGGUUAUGCUUCCGGAGGAGGAGAAUGAUGUUGUUUUGGAUGACAUAAUGCAGGACGUGCAGGGAGGACAGAACCUGUGUGAGGAACCUCGUGUUCCGCAAGGUGGGCAAGGUGGUACCAAAGGAAGACCAGGAGAGCGUAAGGUGGGGGCCAAGAAGAAGGUCUUCAGAACAAAUGUAGGGAUUGGAGGAGGAGCGUUGAGGAGGUUGGCGCAGGUUGCCAAAAUGCCACGCAAGAAAGGAUCGGGAAGGAUUGGCAUGGGAGACAAGAUAGAGCCAAAGCCAGGAAAGGAUGGCCAUGAGGGUCAGGGCGGCGGAAAAUCGAAUGCAGAAUGA